AUGAAGCCACCCACGGCCACAAGAAACAAUGACAGGGCACCGCCAUCCGCGCCCACAAUAGACCCCGACUUGGGAUGGCUCAUGGGACGGACCGAUAUUGAGUAUAGCCAACGGACGCAACUCCAAACCGACAGCAUAACCACCAUGACACGACGCAGACGGUCACAAGACAUAGCCCAGAGCACCUAA